CAAAGAAAGAAAGCCGCCUCUUUCUUAUCACUCUCUCUCUCUCUCUCUCUCUCUCUACACCCCUGCGAAUACGGAAUCGGAGACCAAUCCGAUCACGGCCCGACCAACUCUUCCCCUUCACGGCCACGGUCUCGCCGUGCUUUUCCGAAUUCAAUUCCGUUAGCAGCAAGUUCACAGCCGAGCCAAGCGAGUUCAUACUUCAAUUUCAGGUAGCCCUUGGCCUUAAUUUUACCUUGGGCUUUGCGUUCUCUCUCCAUCUCUCUCUGGUAUUGAUUUCUGGUACCGUUCGUUUUUAUUGUUUCCUCCACGCCUAGUUUUGAGUUCCUGUAAUUUCGGUGAUCAAGAGGAAAUUAGCAAGUACUUUGAUUGGGGUUGAUGUAUUUGCGAUUAGUUCACAUUGUGAAAGUGUAUCUGUUUUAAAGGGUAGGAAAGUUUGCUUCCUGCUUUCAAAGAUGCAGCAGCCUGAUUGAAAGGGGCAAUAACAUGAGCAAGUCGAGAUAUUGAUUUGUGAUUUUUCCUUUUGGAUUUUCGGGAGUGACUUCAACUGUCAUGCUGAAUGUUGCUACCAGUGGGUGGGCUAGGGAUGAAUUCCACAAUGGAUGAUAUGAACUUAAUUCAGCAGGCGCAGAGACACCUGGUCGUUAGGGAGCUUGGCGAAGAGAUUGAUUUGGAAAUUGGGCCUGGGGAUGAUGACCCAACAUUUGCAAGCACUCCUCUUAUUAGUGGCCCACCACGAGAGCCUUCAGCUGAAGAUCAUGACGAUAGCAAACAGAUGGUGAUGGUUUCCGAACUUUCUGGUGAAAAUCAAGAUAUGUCAAAGGCACAACCUGCUAAAAGGAAAAAGAAGGUGGUAAAAAGAUGGAGAGAGGAAUGGGCUGACACCUACAAGUGGGCAUAUGUUGAUGUGAAGGAAGGGACAGCAAGGAUAUUCUGUUCUGUUUGUAGGGAAUAUGGUAGGAAACAUAGAAGGAAUCCUUAUGGGAAUGAAGGUAGUAGGAAUAUGCAGAUGAGUGCGUUGGAAGAACACAACAACAGUUUGCUGCACAAAGAGGCCCUUCGUCUUCAAAUGGCUUCCAAAGACAAGAUUACGAUGGACAAGCCAAUUUAUGUAAAAGCUCUUAUGUCAAAAACGGCUGGAUCAAUUGUUGAGGCUGCUCUGAAGAGGGAUCCUCAUGAGAUUGAGUUUAUACAGUGUGGACAAGAAAUCGUUCAUGCUCUAGAAAGAGUGAUCGCCAAAAAUUCUCAUUAUGUCAACAUGAUGGAGCGCUUGCUGGAACCUGAACGCAUGAUUCUUUUCAGAGUUCCUUGGAUUGAUGAUCGGGGUGAGGCACAUGUCAAUCGAGGCUUUCGUGUUCAAUUCAACCAGACUUUGGGCCCCUGCAGAGGAGGCCUUCGUUUUCAUCCGUCAAUGAACUUAAGCAUUGCGAAGUUUCUUGGUUUUCAACAGACAUUAAAGAGUGCUUUGUCUCCAUAUAAACUUGGAGGUGCUGCUGGUGGUAGUGAUUUUGAUCCAAAAGGAAAAAGUGACAGUGAGAUCAUGCGCUUUUGUCAGAGUUUUAUGGAUGAGUUAUAUCGCUAUUUAGGUCCUGAUAAGGAUCUUCCCUCGGAGGAGAUGGGUGUUGGUGCUCGUGAAAUGGGUUAUAUGUUUGGACAAUAUCGUCGUCUAGCCAGUCAUGUUCAGGGGAGUUUUACAGGGCCAAGGAUAAUCUGGUCUGGCUCUAGCCUAAGAACUGAAGCCACUGGAUAUGGACUGGUCUUCUUUGCCCAACUUAUUCUUGCAGAUAUGAAUAAAGAACUUAAAGGACUAAGAUGUGUUGUUAGUGGUUCUGGAAAGAUUGCAAUGCAUGUUCUGGAGAAGCUUCAUGCUUUUGGUGCUAUUCCCAUCACAGUGUCAGAUUCAAAGGGUUAUUUGGUGGAUGAGGAUGGAUUUGAUUUCUUGAAAAUAUCAUUUUUGAGAGAUAUUAAAGCACAACAAAGAAGUUUGAGAGACUAUUCAAAAACUUAUGCUCGUUCUAAGUAUUAUGAUGAAGCAAAACCUUGGAAUGAAAGGUGCGAUGUUGCAUUUCCUUGUGCUUCACAAAAUGAAAUUGAUCAGUCUGAUGCCAUUAAUUUGGUUAAUUCAGGUUGCCGUAUACUAGUAGAAGGUUCCAAUAUGCCGUGUAUGCCUGAAGCAGUUGAUGUGCUUAGAAAAGCUAAUGUCCUCAUUGCUCCUGCUAUUGCAGCUGGUGUUGGAGGGGUUGCUGCAGGAGAACUUGAGCUGAUUAACUGGUGCCCCGAAGAAUUUGAGUCUAAAUUGCAGGAGGCAAUGAAGCAAACGUACCAGAGAGCUCUCAAAGCAGCAACUGAUUUUGGCUAUCAGAAAGAGAGUCCUGAGGCUUUAGUGCAUGGAGCUGCCAUCUCUGCUUUUCUGGCUAUUGCCAGUGGUAUGUUGGAUCAAGGAUGUGUAUAGAAAGAGCAGCCUACAUGCAUGUUUCCCCAGUUUGAUUGCAAUUGGCUGCACACUUGGACGAGCUUGAAUGAAAAACCCAUUGGUGGCCUGCAGAAGAUAUCAGCUAAUCCUUGGAACGGUCCAGUGGACUGCAAUGUUACAUGAGCUUAAGGAAUUCAGUAUUGGAAUAUGGCAGGGAAUCUGUCUGUAAUUUAUAGUGUAAUUUUAUGUCCGAGGCUUAGAAGGCCUAUUUAUGGAAGUUGAUAGAAUGUUUCUGUACCAUAUUUGGAAGAUGUAACUGAAUAGGGUUUGCCCCUGGUUAAGAAAUUGCUGUCUUGUGACGAUGUUGAAAAGUUAUAUUGGAAAUAAAAGCUAUUCUUUGUAGGUGA